UCCUCUCAGUGCGUCUUUGGGCCCUUCCACACAGCCAUAUAACCCAGAAUAGCAAGGCAGAAAAUCCCACAAUAUCUGCUUUGAACUGGUUUAUCUGAGUCCACACUGUCAUAUAUUCCAGUUCAAAGCAGAAAAUGUGGGGUUUUAUUCAGUUGUGUGGAAGGGGCUCAUAUAAUACAGUUUAAAGCAGAAAACCUGGGCUCAGAACCUGGGAUAAAGUGCAGCCCUCAACCUGUAUUCUCUUUUUCUCUCUCCUCCUCCCUUUCCCAAUGCAUUAUUUUCCUCUCACUUUUGCCCUUCCAAAACAUAUAAAAUUACCUUCAUGCAACAAAGAUGCAUAUGAAAUAUUAUUAUUAUUGUACCCCACCUCCUUCUCCCCAAAGGGACACGGAGCGGCUUUACAUAUAGCACAAAGUGCCUAAAACACAGCAUAAAAUAAGCACACAGUACGAUACAAUAAAGUAAGACAGAUAGCAUAUAAAGCAACUGUUUAAAACUCAAAGCAGUGCCCAAAACUUAUGGUGACAACUAUCAUAGGACAUGGUCAGACUGUAGACAAGGGAAUGGGAUAGUGCAAAUUGUAGCUAAGGAACACGGGCAUGGGAUGAAAGUGCAGUGUUGUGCCAUUGAUUGUGGACCUUUGGGGCUAGAUGUUCUCAAAGGCUUGUUUAAACAACCAGAUUUUCAGGCACCGUUGAAAGGUGGACAGUGCUGGGGCCGGAGGGGCUCCACCGGGAAGGCCCUCUCUUCCCCACCAACCAUGCUUGAGACAAUGGCAGGACCAAGAGGAGGGCCUCCCCGAUAUAUCUUAGAGCCCGUGCAGAUUCAUAGGGUAGGAUGCGGUCACAAAGAUAGGCAGGGCCCGAAAUAUAAUAUUCUGCUUUCUCCCUAGGCCUUUCCAUACAAUCAUAUAAUUCAGAAUAUCAAGGCAGAAAAUCCACAAUAUCUGCAUUGAACUGGGGCCCUUCCAGACAGGCCCUAUAUCCCAGGAUCUGAUCCCAGGUUUUCACUUUAAACUGGAUUAUAUGAGUCCACACAGCUAAAUAAUCUGGGAUAAACAGAAAACCUGGGAUCAGAUCCUGGGAUAUAGGGCCUGUUUGGAAGGGACCUGGGUUAUCUGUGCCCACACUGCCAUACAUUCUAGUUCAAAGCAGAUAAUGUGGGAUUUUUUUCAGCUGUGUGGAAGGAGCCUUUGAGGUCCAGAGUCCUUCUUUCCUCGAGGCUGUGCAUAUCUUGGGGUGUGUCUGCACCAUGGAAUUAAUAUAGUGUGACCCUACUUUAACUGCUAUGGCUCAAUGGUUUGGAAUCCUGUGAGAUGUAGCUUAGCUUUCUCUGCCAAAGAAUACUGAUACAUCACCAAGCUACAUUUCCCCAUCAUUCCAUAGCAUUGGGCCAGUGCGGUUCACAUGGUGUUAAACUGCACUAACUACACUAAAAUAUUUUUAAAAUACUUAUCCCUGCCUAUCUCCCCAAGAGGACUACAUAAAACGAUUAUUGUUCCUGGGUUAUAAAUGUUAUUUCCUAAUUGGUUCUAUCAUUAAAAACAUGGGUAAAGUUUAUUAACCUGCAAAAACUGUUUGCAGGACACCCUGCAGCACAUUUUACGAUAGUGUUUCAUUGAAUAUCUCAUAGAGACUCAACUGAUUCAACAUAGUUUGUGGCAGCCAUAAAUACAAAGUUUCUGGAGUAUAACAAUAGUAAUAAUAAAUUUUAUUUCUAAACCGUGCCUUUCUUCCCAAAGGGAUUCAGGGCGGCUUCCAAAUAUAACACAACAGCAUGGCAAACACUGAAUGCCGUAAAAUCAAACACAUUCAAAACAUUUUAAAAUAUUUACACAUAAAUGUUCAGCCAUUUAUAUAUACAUACAUGAAUAUAUACAUACACUAAUGAUCUAAAUUACAAUUAAAAUCAAAAUUUUAUACCUUCAGAAAAUACAUUCAAAGAAUAAAGGAAUGAAAAAAUACACAUAGCCAAAAGAAAACAUGGUUCUGACACUCAUAUAACUAUCCUAACUGUAAUGAAAAUAAGAAAAGUAAUAUUAUUCUAUAUUACAGAUUCAGCUUAAUCCUUCUAGAAUCAGUGGUCACUAUCAGAGCCAGUGAGAUGCAUGGGUUGAGCAUUAGACCAUGACUGGAAACCAGGGUUCAAAUUCCUGCUAUCAUGGAAACACACAAGGUGACCUUAGACAAGUCACACACUCUCAGCCUCAAAAACCUCACAAUAGGUUUGCCUUAGGAUCAACAGAAGUCAGAAACGGGUUGAAGGCACACAGCAAUAGUAGACAGUACUGGCAUGGAGAGACUGGUGACCUGGUUAAGUAACUUCAUGUAUUUGUGGUGAUGAACAUCUCUGGUGCAUCUGAAGAAGUUAUGCUUUGCAGAAAGGCCAUUUUAUCCAGCUCUGAAAGAUAUAUAACUUCCGGAAGCGUUACUGUUUUCAAAUUUGGGUACUUUUACUACAAAUUCGCAAGCUGCCAUUCUCUGUGAUUGGCUCCCUAAACGGGGUUCAUAUGUUUGGAUCCAACCUAGAUGUUCUGCUGACAGCUGCCUGUACAGAGAAUACUCGUGUGAUGUGGAAAGUAUUUCACAACAGUAUCACGCUUAUCGUCUUGUCCUCGGAUGAAGGUGCCAGUGACUUCAGCCUUGGGCGACUCCUUGAGAAUGUCUUCAAUGCCAUGGUACUGAUAUUAGGCCUGGAGGAACUGGUAAAUGCCCGUAAUAUCGAACGUCUCAAAAAGGAUCUGAAGGCAUGUUAUAAAUUGAUUGACAGUUUCCUGGAACCAGGCAAAUGCAGUGCUGACUUGACUCAAUGUAUGGAAUGUGCUGUAACGCCCUCCAGGGCAGUACUGCAGGAAUGCCUGGAAGCCUUUGCUUCAGCAGCAGAGUCACGCUUUGGCUGCCUGCUUGUGAGUGGCCGGGUGCUGUGUGCAACGGAGCAGUGGUGGCAGUUGGCAGCCCCGGAGGCAAUGCUACUGGUGUGGCUAGUGCAGUCGCUUCCUCCCCAUGCCUCCCGUGACCUCCCUGUUUAUCUUCCUCAUGGCAGUCCCACAGUUCCUCACCGCUUCCUGACCUUCCAACUUGUGCCUGGUUUGGAAGUGGUCCUGUUGUGUGGGCCUAAUCCCUCCUUACAGUGCAUGACUGAUGAGCUAGUGAGGCCAUUUUGGCAACCUUUGCUGGACCUUUUGAAGGCAAGUGCUGGAGCCCCUCUUCAAUGCCUGCCUCCAGGCAUUGCUCUUGCCCCUGAGAUCCUUGGGCUGUUGCUGAUCAACCAAGAUCAGAGGAAAAGUCUCUUCACAGUGCAUCCUCAUGGAAGCUGGACUGAAGGAUCUGAAAUGUCCCUGAAGGAUCGACUCCGUGCCCUCCGCUCCUUCUAUGCCUCAGCCAUUUCAUUGUACUUUCCCUCUGAGAAGCCAGAAGAGAAUACAGCCCCUUUCCAGGAGGACUUUCAGACCAGCUUCUCUCAUUCCCCUCAACACUGCUAUAUGGUCUACGACACACACAAGGCCUAUGCAAUCCAUGGGAGACGGCAUCAGCUCUUCCUGCUUAUGAAGCCAGAUGUGCCAACCUUUGCCUUGCGGUCUCUUGCAACCUGUACCUUACAGGCUCUCACAGUUGAGGACUCAGCCCUUUGAAGGCAAUGGUGGACAAAGGUUUGUUACUGAACUCAGCAACCAACUGCUUUGUAUUGCUCUCAUCAGCCACCAGAGUGGAAGUGAUGAGAUGAAUCCCUUAAUGACUUUGUGUGCAAGAUGUAAUUAUCCUGCACAGAGCACAGGGUAGAGCUAUGAAGUAACUUUCACAUUAGAAUUCUGUUCACUCAUCAUGAGAGGGAGAAAACUUACAAUUUACAAGUUUGGGCCUCUCAGCUCUCCUCCAUUUUUUUAAAAAAAGUUCAUAAUUAUGCAUUUACAACUGUUGUCUAGACAUGUGCGCAUUAAAAGAAUGCACAUGGAUUAAAAUACCACUGACAACAUGGGAUUGGAUUUGCUUCAAGGGACAUUUGGAUAUUCAUCUUUACUAAACCUGUAGCAGUAGCAGAUUUUUCAUUUAAAUGUAACUCAGCAAAACUGCAUUAUGUUGGAUGAUGGUGCAUGUAACGGAAAGUAACAUUGUUACAUUACCAACUCUUUCCACCAUUGCACAUUCGCUUCCAUGUAUUUAUUCCACAUAAUUUCUUACUACCUAUUUGUCAUAACCAGUUUCUCCCUUUUCAUUGGGAAUCUAUUUCAUCCUCUUCAGUACCAAGGUAUCUUCUGUCGUCUUCAUGCUAUUUCAAAACAAGUAAGCUGCCUGACUUGCAUUCAUAUGCUACAGAUUGUAAAACCAAGCUGGUAAAUCUGAUUCAGGCCCUGCAUGGGUUAUUAAACAAGUCAAAAUGCCUUAAUUAUUUUACAGCUACAGUAUUUUUAAAGCUGUUGUAAGCAUAAGUAAAAUAAAUACUAAAUAGUGUAAAAUACUCUACAUAAAUACCAAAUCGUUCAAAUAUCAGCCCUGAUUUCUUUGGGAUUAGUAGAAUUAAUUUGGAUUUAGAAUGUAAUCCCAUAUACAAGGAUUUCAAAUUAAUUCCUGUCAAAAUUACAGAUAAUUCAGUAUGGCAGAAACAUAGGUCAGCUCUCCUCAAGCUCUUAAAGCUAGAGAGAAUAUAGGCUGCUAUGCUCUGUACUAUAGACACAAAUUACAAAAUUCGCAAUACUUUGCUUGCAGGAUAUUGUCACCUCUUGGCAUAUCUGCGCUGCUAGCAAUUUCAUACAGCUCAAGUUGAGCCCCAUUCAGCAAGUGUCAGGGCAAACCAACUCUUAAGAAAUGUCUUGAAUAUUUCUUAAAAGGCCAUGUAUUCAAAUGGUCUUCUUAUUUACAUGUAAUUGGAAAAAUGUAGGUUUUGUUAAAAGCACAUGAUAAAAUAUGCUAGAAACCUUGGAUCAAAUAUACAAAUGGAGCAGUGGUCAAAAGGAAAGGAUGUGGUCAAAUGGUUUGAGUUUGACUUUGUUAUGAUCUUAAAGAGAACUUUAUAAAAUGAUAUGCUAUUGAUACAUUACACCAGAGAAAUUGUGUAAGAUGUGUAAAGAAACAUUGAACGUAUGCUUGAAAUGUGAAAAACAAAAAGUGACUUUCUAUCAUAUGUAGUGGACCCGUGAAAAGUACGGGGCCCAAAUACAUAGUUUGAUAGAGAAAAAAAUUUAAAAAAUUGAUAUUCAAUUAAAACUUGAACCUUUCCUUUUGGGAAUGAUGGAUGACUAGACAGGAGCCAAGAAAAAAAAUACUUGAACAUGUGACAACAGCUGCAAGAGUGUUAUAUGCUCAGAAAUGAAAGAGUAAUUUAUUUCUCAGAAGAUUAAAAUUGAUUUAGCAGAAGUUGAUACAUUCUCUAUUUUAAUUUUUAAAAAUCUGUUUUUGAAAAAUUGGAAACACUGAUCUACCUUUUGAAAAAAGUGAUUGUAAUCUCAUGUUGAUUUUGUUUAUUAUAAUGAGUUCAAUGUAUAGAUAAAGUGUACUUUCUAAACAACGAAGAGAGAGAUGGGAGACUAUAACUGACUAUAAUCACAGGAAAGAGAAUUGAGACUCCUUUAGUUUGUGAGAUGUAAUUUUUUAUAUACUUAGUUUAUAUUUGUUUGUAGGUGAUGUAUCAAGUUUUAUAUUUUUUCUUUAAUUGCUCUUACGUAUUUUCUGGUGUUGGGUUAUUUUUAUAGUUUGUUUUCGUUAUAUGUACAGUAUGUAUUAUUUAAUAAAAUGCUUUUUUAAAAAAAGUAAUGUAAUAGUCCCAGCUGAAGAACAAAACAUUUUUAAAUGCCACCUUGCAGUGACUAUUGGACUAUAUUUCAGAAAUUCACAGCAUUUCCUCAUCCACAAUUAGCCAUGCCUCUACUCCAGAGGUGGGAUCAGUUGCCUUAUCUCAUUCAUAGAAUCAUAGAGCUGGAAGAGACCUAAUGGGCCAUCCAGUCAAACCCCCUGCCGAGAAGCAGGAAAUCGCAUUCAAAGCACCCCCCACAGAUGGCCAUCCAGCUUCUGCUUAAAAACCUCCAAAGGAGGAGCCCCCACCACACUCCAGGGCAGAGAGUUCCACUGCCGAACAGCUCUCACAGUGAGGAAGUUCUUCCUGAUGUUCAGGUGGAAUCUCCUUUCCUGUAGUUUGAAGCCAUUGUUCCGCAUCCUAGUCUUCAGGGCAGCAGAAAACAAGCUUGCUCCCUCCUCCCUAUGACUUCCCCUCACAUAUUUUUACAUGGCUUUCAUCUUGCAGACAAAGAGCAGCGCACAAACAAGUCAGUCAGCGGUGUGGGGGUGACCCAGCCUGGCUUGAUUCUGGCUCCCCCCCGCCCUCACGGCUUUAUUAGAGUCACAUGGAGAUAAGAUACAGGCAUUCAAAACCCAGAUAAACUAAGAUGCGCUAGAUAACACCUACACAGCAGAGUAACAUGGAGCCCGGGCCAGCAUGGGAAGCUGGGACACCCCCAAACUAGCAUGAACUGAACCCUCCCCCCAAAUCCAUGGAGGGCAGCAUUCUAGAGUAUCCCCCCCCCCCCCAAGCUUACGGCUGCUUGAGGUUCCUAUUAAAACACCCUUUCCAGGGGUGGGAGAAAUGAGUCUGGAGAGGAAUUGGCAGGCUUCUCUUCCCUGCAGUCUUCUCCACCUUCGUGCAGUUUUCCUUCUAGAGGCGAGAGACUCGGGGAAGGAAGGAGGAGCCCUGCUCUUGAGCAAUUUUGCUUCCCCACAAACACACGCAACUAUAACACUGGAAUGGUCUGUGACAAAGGAAAGGAGAAUUCACGCCCCCCCCCCCC